AUGGCUCGAUUACUCGCGCUACUGGCGCUCGCCCUUGGCUCCACCGCAUAUCAGCAGCACUUAUCCUUUGAGGAGGCGGAACAGUUCAAUAGACUCCGCAGCUCAAUUCGAAAUGUUGUAGUUCUUGUACAAGAGAACUUAUCGUUUGACCACUAUGCAGGUGGUCUUACAUACAACAACAGCAUCGAUGGUUUAGUGAAUCGCCAAUACUGCAACCCGGAGAAUAUCUCGAUCCCCGAUACCUCCCGUCAAGUAUGUGCAGCCAAUACAGCACAGAACGUCGCGGCAGAUGAUCCAAACCACAGUAUAUCGGGGAUCAAUAUGCAGGUUUUCGGCACAUAUCAUCCACUGAUCGAAUCCGAGUCCUCAAUGGACGGGUUCAUCACAGAACAAAGAGUUUCAUACCGGAUAGAGCGUUUAGAGAAUCAACAAGCACUGGAUAGGCCUGAGAGACCUGUUAUACAUGAUGAGACACGAGAUAUGAGGUCUGAAAUGAUAGAAACGUUGGAGCGCGAACGUGCGGCUGAGGUUAUCGACUACUUCACCCCAGAACAUAUACCCGUUUUCAACGCCAUCGCCAAGAACUACGUUCUAUUUGAUCGGUGGUUCGCCGCUGUUCCUGGGCCAACAAAUCCCAACCGAGCAUAUUUGACUUCUGGGACAUCCUAUGGUCACGGUCGGAAUGAUUUUAGUUUCCUACUCUCGGAACUCCCACAGAGAUCAAUCUUUCAACAGCUAUCAGAGAAAGGAAUUAGCUGGACCAAUUAUGAAAACACAACCAGAUCUUUCCCCGGCUUUUUACCGGAUGCUAUGUUCUACGAGUGGACCGCGAAAUCGAUCCACAGCAAGACUAGCAUUAAGCCCAUUGAGAAAUUCUAUGAAGAUGCCGCUAAUGGUGACUUACCUCGAUUCACUUGGAUCAAUCCCGAAUGCUGCAAAUACAUGUCCAUGCAUCCGCCAUCACCUAUAAAUAUGGGCGAAAAUUUCGUGAAGGGUAUUUAUGAGGCUGUGCGAAACUCACCUCAGUGGAACGAAACACUGUUCAUUUUAACAUGGGAUGAACAUGGAGGGUUCGCGGAUCAUGUUCCUCCUCCAAUGAAUGUACCACCCGGAGACAGUCUGCCAUAUACGGAGAGAGCCGCUGAUGGAGAAGAUUACAUAUUCCAUUUUAAUCGCCUGGGAGUUCGAGUCCCAACAGUUCUUAUCUCUCCAUGGGUUGGAAAAGGUCUUAUUCAGAAUAGACCGGAUGGAGAAAAUGAGUUCACUCAUACUUCCAUUCUGAAAACUCUUUCUGAGUUGUGGGAUCUGGAUAUCCUUACGCCAAGAGUGGAAUGGUCACCUUCGUUCAAACAUUUGAUCACAGAUGAGUUUCGGGAUGACACCCCAGCAUGGCUACCAGAUGCGGCGGACUUUUGA